UGGUGGUGAAGAAAGCAUAAAAUGUGUUGUAAUUGCUUAUUUUAGUAAACAGUAAUUGCUCUUUAAAAUUAUUUGUGUGUGUGUGUGUGUGUGUGUGUGUGAGGUUACAAAAGUAAUAUGAACUCAUGGCACAAGCCUGAAACAAUAUAGAAAAAGUAGAGGAAAGAAAACACUUUUGCCUCUACUUAAUAACCCAUGGCAAAGAGAUCUGUCAUUGCCCUUUAGGGAAAAUUCAGACAAGACUCCAGUUUUCCUGCAGUUAGGGACUGGGGUUUAAGAUAGCUAAUCCAUCUAGUCACUCUCUGCACUAGAUUUCAAUCAGUUGAGAAAUACAAAGUACCUGAGAAGGAGCCACUAUCGACUUUAUUAUUUUAAGGUUGGUUUGGAGACUUGAGAUCAGCAAGAAUUCUCAGGCCCUUCACUGGCCUGGUCACGGGCCAGCAGCUGGGCCAUCAGAAGGGAGCAGGCAAGGGCUGGGCCCGCCUGGGGGGAGGAAGCAGUGGGCAGGCAGACACAGGCAGACUCUGGCAGAGAACAAGAGAAAAGAAAACCAUUUAGGUGUCAACCCUGAUGCCUAGGGAAAUGAGAACAGAAACAGCGGAUGAUGCCAGAUUGAUUCGCGUCUCCUGUCCAGAGAAGGCCAAGGAAAGGGAUCUUGCUGGGAUCUUCAUGGAUUCGCUUGCUGCAGCAUACACAAGGUUUGGGUUUAAUCUUUUCCAAAAACUGAAUAAGACAAAAGAUGGCAACAUCUUCUUUUCCCCCGUGGGCAUUUCAGCUGCCAUCGGCAUGCUCGUCUUCGGGACCCAAGGAGCCACCCUGGCCCAGUUACAGAAGAUGCUCUCUUCUGAAAAAGAGGCAGGGAACUCAAGAAUCAAAGCCGAAGAAAAAAAGAUUGAGAAGACAGAAGAGAUACAUCACCAAUUCCAAGAGUUUUUGAGUGAGAUAGGCAAAUCCACUAAUGGUUAUGAACUAAGAAUAGCCAACAGGCUCUUUGGAGAAAAGACAUACCUCUUCCUUCAAAAAUACUUAGAUUAUGUGGAAAAAUAUUACCACGCUUCUCUGGAACCUGUUGACUUUGUAAAUGCAGCAGACGAAAGUCGAAAGAAGAUUAAUUCCUGGGUCGAAAGCCAAACAAAGGAAAAAAUCAAGGACCUGUUUCCAGAUGGUUCUCUAGACAGCUUCACCAAGCUGGCACUGGUGAACACAGUUUAUUUUAAAGGGCAAUGGGACAGGGAGUUUAAGAAAGAAAAUACCAAAGAGGAAGAGUUUUGGCUGAAUAAGAGUGUGAGCAAAUGUGUGCCAAUGAUGACACAGACCUGUACCUACAGCUUCACUUUCCUGGAGGACUUACAAGCCAAGAUUCUGGGAAUUCCGUAUAGAAACAAUGACCUAAGCCUGUGUGUGUUGCUGCCCAAUGACACAGAUGGCCUGGAGAAGAUUAUAGAUCAAAUAACUCCAGAAAAUUUAGUAGAGUGGACUAACCCGGGGCAUAUGGAAGAAAGGAACGUGACCUUGCACUUACCGCGGUUUGAAGUGGAAGAUGGGUACGAUCUGGAGGCCCUGGAGGCCGUCUUGGCAGCCAGGGGGCCGGCAGACGCUUUCAGCGAGUACAGAACGGACUCUCUGGGGCUGUCCUCACACUCCGGGCUGCAGGCGAAGAAGUUCCUGCACAGGGCCUUUGUGGCGGUCACCGAGGAAGGGACUGAGGCCGCAGCAGGCACCGGUGUGGGCUUUGCUCUCACACUGGCGCCGGGUUGUGAACAUUUUCAUUGCAAUCACCCUUUCCUGUUCUUCGUCAGGCACAAUGAGUCCAACAGCAUCCUCUUCUUCGGUAGAUUCUCUUCUCCUUAGGACAGUCAUGGCCUUGGCGGAAAACCAGUGUUAGAGUAUCAGUUAAGACUACGGACAUAGCCCAUUCUUUAAGAAAAAUUGUCUUACUUGCUUGCAUUCCAAUCUUACCAUCAAAAUCAAUGACCCGGCGACUGUAACAGGGGGCGUGUGUUUAUAAUUCUCCUGAAAGCUGAAAUGUCCUUUUGUUUGUGCUCGGUAAAAACCAAGUUAAAUCGAGGCUCGGUAAUAAUCUGUUGAUUUCUUCUGGAAGUAAAUCAACCUCUUGUGGUUUUGUGUACUAAUGGCGAGAAACAGACUCUUCAGAAAAGACACAGACUAGUCUUUCUGGGAGUCCCUCUAGUUCCAAUAGUUUGACGUAAUACACAAAUAAAACACUAAUUUAAAAAAAAUUUUUUUAACGUUUAUUUACUUUU